AUGGUCUACACGGGGAAGCCUUCGGGCGGAUGCAAGUUGUGUAGGAUAAGAAAGGUCAAAUGCGAUGAGGCAAAGCCCUUCUGCAUGAGAUGCACGAAGUCGAAGAGACGUUGUCCAGGAUACGGUCUUGUCAUUCGCGAUUCGUCAAAGUCCGCCGGCAAACUCAAGAAUAUGAGAACGAAUAGCACCGAUAGUAACAUGUCGUCCAUCGACUCGUCGAUAAAAGCAAACAACAGAUCACCCGGAUACUGUUGUGAUAGGACAAUGUCAUUAAGCCCACCAAGACGGAACUCGUUCCCAUUCAAGAUCGGACACGAAGAGGGUGACCUCAUCGAAUGCUUCAAAAACGUACCAGGAGGAUUGACAAAUCCGCUCGACGAGCAAGCCUCGUGUCUUUUUCUCUCCGAGUUUGUCAACGUACCUUUGACACCGACAGCUCGGGGCUACUACGCCUUUCUGCCACGUUUUCUCGGGCGUGGCGAGAUCUCAGUCUGCCUUUCAACUGCAUUUAAGGCAACAUCCAUGGCCGCCUUGGCGAUGCGACAGUCGAAAGGAGCAAGAGGACCUGCCCUACUUCGUGCACAGGAGCACCAUGUGGCCGCUUUACGAGCGGUCGGGCAAGCGAUUGCCGAUCCUAAGGAGAUCGACAGUGAUCAGACCCUGGGGGCCGUUCUUAUGUUGGCGUUCUACGAGACAUUGAUGUCAAAAGAUUCAAUGAAGGAGUACAUCAGCCAUCUGAAGGGCGCCGCCAAGAUUGUUCAAGUACGCGGCCAAAAGUGCUUAGAGACGGACGAAGGUCGGGAAAUGUUCGCCAUGACACGCAACCAAUGCAUAUCGGUCCAGAAUAUGUUCAAGGACUCAGAAAUGUCCGGUUACUCGUGGAUACUGUACAACGAGGCGGUUCAACGACCGAAUCGCGCGAUCGUCGACAUCAGCCUUCUCUGCAACCAACUUCAGCAGGGUGUAGACCGCAUCAUCGCCCUCGCGAGAGAGCCUACCGAAGAGGCUGUGGAAAAGAUGCUCGAGCUCCUGGAAAAGUGUCGGAAACUCGAAGAAGAGUUCAAGAAGCUCCGACAAAACCCGAAUCCACAGUGGAAGGUCGAGGUCGCUGAAUGGGUCUUUGACCGAACCGAUGAAGAGCUUGAUACGGAACUCACCUUCGACGGUCAAGUAUUCAAGUUCUUUAACCUGCCCAUGGCCGUAUUGCACUUGGUUACAUGGUCGUCUCACCUCAACCUCAUCACGACAAUGAUCCGCGCUAGCUCGUGGUUGGCAUCGGCUGGUAGAGAAGGCUUGAACGACUACGACGAGUACGGAGACCUGGUACACUCUGCAAGCGCCCGUGUCGACGACAUUGUUUCGGCGGUUCCGUACUUUUGCAGCUGGAAUGGGUACGGCGUCAUUGUUUCUCAGUUUCCCUGCGGCACGACGAAGCCAGACGACCCGCUCAAGGGCGAGGCCGGACUCAUUGUCAUGUGGCCGCUUGCCAUGGCCUUGAAGAGCGACUACGCCACACCUAGACAGAGACGAUAUCUGAGAGGUCGCCUCCUCUACAUUGCAGACGUUUCUGGUAUUAGCCAGGCCAGGUUUUUCAUGAACGAGAUUUGA